UGCUAUGGAUGGGUUCGCGCACAUGAACGCAACGCGACCAUGAGCAGCAAAGAAAACGAGUCGCUGUCUACGACCGUCAUGUCGCUCCAACUACCUCGCCUAGUGAAAAGCCGCCCAAGUUCCUGCCGCACGUCCGUUUUCCUACCGAAGCGAGCCAGCCGACCUUCAUCGUCUCUGGAACCGCGCAGCCGUGCAAGUGAACGAGUUGAGAUGUCCAUGGCGUCAGUCAACGGCUCGGAGUCGAGUGGCAGUUCAUGCAGUUCGGACGGCUGUACCACAAAUCCAAGUGUAGAAAGUAGGCGGUCCAGAGUUUCCAAACCCACAAUUGUCACCUUCGAAAUUCCGGGUCUAAGCGGAGACCGGGAGAACGCUCCAUCUCAUUGGCACCAGUUGCCGACGAACCUUCCUCCUCUUAGACAACCAAGGAAAAGUUAUCAACAAGCGGUUCUACCAAAGAAUGCUGUUGAUUGUGGUCAAGGCCUUUUUGGAAGUAUUGGGUUAAGGCCUCGGUUUGUUCCUAAGAAAGCGCCUCGUCAGUCUGUGUCUGUGAGGAAUGCAAAAUGGAAAAAAGAGCAAUAUGAAUUGAGUAGAUUUGAGAAAGCUUUUGAAGUUUUGCCGGCACACUUGUAGUAAGCACAUGUACACUGACUGGACUGGCUUGUUGUCUUUCUGAACUAAUAUUUAUAGAUCCAGAUAACUCGUCAGUCAUUGUAUUUAACUUUAUCUGACGAGGACAGUUAUCAUAUAUGUAGAAUACGGGUACUGUUUAGAGUACUAGUCAAUAUGCAUUAUUAAGUUCCACAGGGUAUUGAACAAAUGUUUAAUUAAAGUUAAUUAACAUGUCUACUUGAAUGAUUGUGUCUAGAACACUGACAUAUUUGUGUUAUUGAUGGAUGUUUAGUCACUAUGUAUGAGUAUAGCGUGUUUGGUAUGAAAUCAACUGUAGCAGUUCUAUUAGAUUCGAGUGAUUGUAUUACAGCUAUGAGAAUUAGACUGUUAGAAUG